CUUCUGCUCACAGCUAAUCCACGAGUGCCAAAGCCCCCGACACAGCUUUAGCCACUUUAUUUCCAUCAUGGCCGAGCAGUUGGUUCUCCGCGGCACCCUUGAGGGCCACACUGGUUGGGUCACCUCCCUGGCCACGUCCCUCGAGAACCCGAACAUGCUUCUAUCUGGCAGCCGAGACAAGACCCUCAUCAUCUGGAAUUUGACCCGCGACGAGACCUCGUAUGGCUACCCUAAGAGGAGUCUGCACGGCCACUCUCACAUCGUCUCCGACUGCGUCAUUUCGUCCGACGGUGCCUAUGCGCUCUCAUCGUCCUGGGACAAGACGCUCCGUCUCUGGGAGCUCUCGACCGGCGUGACGACGAGGCGAUUCGUCGGCCACACCAACGACGUCCUUUCCGUGUCCUUCUCUGCCGACAACCGCCAGAUCGUCUCCGGUUCCCGUGACCGAACCAUCAAGCUAUGGAACACACUGGGAGACUGCAAGUUCACCAUCACCGACAAGGGCCACACCGAGUGGGUGUCGUGCGUGCGGUUCAGCCCCAACCCGCAGAACCCGGUUAUCGUGUCUGCUGGCUGGGACAAGCUGGUCAAGGUCUGGGAACUCGCCUCGUGCCGCAUCCAAACCGACCACAUCGGCCACACCGGCUACAUCAACACCGUCACCAUCUCCCCUGACGGCUCUCUCUGCGCGUCCGGUGGCAAGGACGGAACCACGAUGCUCUGGGACUUGAACGAGUCGAAGCACCUCUACUCCCUCACCGCCGGCGACGAGAUCCAUGCUCUCGUCUUCUCCCCCAACCGCUACUGGCUGUGCGCCGCCACCGCAUCCAGCAUCAUCAUCUUCGACCUCGAGAAGAAGAGCAAGGUCGACGAGCUCAAGCCCGAGUACAUGGAGGUUGGCAAAAAGAGCAGGGAGCCUGAGUGCGUGAGCUUGGCUUGGAGCGCUGAUGGCCAGACACUGUUUGCAGGUUACACUGACAACCGCAUUCGCUGCUGGGGUGUUAUGGCAAGGGCAUAAGUAGCCGAGAGGGUAGGAAGGGGGUUUGGGGUUUAGAAGGGAGUUGGUAUGGACGAACUUGAAAGUCAUGAUUCCAAGAAAGUGUUUCUCUGUAGCAUGCCCCAGGAGUGGACACAAUGCGGACGGACGGGGUGGGUUUAGGGAUGGAUAUAUUUCCUUUCCGAAUUAGCACUUCAGGCGCUCAGAGGCAAUGAAAAAUUCAUUCAAUC